AUGGCAGCUUCACUGGACCCACACAGUUCAGCGCAAAAAGCUAGGGAUCUUCUCCUUUCGGCCCAGCAGCGUUAUGAGAACCAGAACCCGGAAUCAGCCCGACUGCACCAAGAGGCCACCCAGUAUCUCCCUGGUGGAAACACCAGAUCAGUCUUGCACACCAGUCCAUUUCCAAUCCGCAUGCAAAAGGGCCAUGGCAAUCGCCUUGUUGAUCACGAUGGACACGAGUAUCUAGACUUUCUAGGCGAGAUGACCGCCGGCUUGUAUGGGCAUUCCCAUCCCAUGAUUCGCGAAGCCAUCAUAUCAACGACCAACGAAGUCGGCUUGAACCUCGGGGCGUCAACAACGGCUGAGGUGCGUCUGGCCAAGACGAUCUGUGAUCGCGUUGCUUCCAUCGAGCAAGUGCGGUUCUGCAACUCAGGAACGGAGGCCAACCUCUACGCAUUGAGUGUGGCGCGCCAGGUAACGGGCUUGUCCAAGGUCAUUGUAUUCGAAGGUGGAUACCACGGCGGUCUGUUAUAUUUCGGUGACGGCAUUGCAGCCAACAAUGUUGACAAGCAGGAUUGGAUCCUAGGGCAGUACAAUGAUGCCGAAGGCGCCAGAAAGUUGAUCGAAGAGCAUAAGGGGACUGCCGCGGCGGUCCUUGUCGAGACGAUGCAGGGCUCUGGGGGCUGCAUCCCGGGGAGUGCAGAGUUCUUGCAUGCGGUGCAAGACGCGGCGAGAGAGAACAGUCUCCUCUUCAUUCUGGACGAGGUCGUCACGUUCCGACUGGCGCCUGGAGGCCUGCAAUCGCGUAUCCUUCAUCCCAUGCACGGCGGCCCACUGCAACCCGACCUAACGACACUGGGAAAGUCCGUCGCAGGAGGCAUGACGAUCGGCGCAUUCGGGGGCCGACGAGAUUUGCUCGCCGUUUAUGAUCCCCGGAAGCCCCAGAUCAACCACUCUGGGACAUUCAAUAACAACUCUCUGGCCAUGAAUGUUGGACAUGUGGCUCUCUCAUCCAUCUAUACCCCUGAUGCCUGCGUUGCGCUCAAUGCGCUAGGCGAUGAGCUCCGCCACGGCCUGCAGGAGCUGGCCCGUGGUACGAAGAUGGUGGUCAUUGGCGUUGGUGCCGUUCUCAAUUUCCAUUUCCUUCCGUACCCUGAUCUUGAGCCUCCAGAAUUGAAGGUGAAGGAUGUACGAGAUGUGACCGUAAGUCAAGAUAGUGCUGAAUUCCUUCUGAAGGACCUUCUGUGGUUUUAUCUACUCGAGCAUGGCAUCUGGAUCGCUCGACGUGGGAUGGUUAGCUUGAUGUUAGACACGACGAGGGAGGAUGUGCAAACUUUUCUUCGCGUUGUGGGCAGUUUCCUGAAUGAAUAUGAAGAUCUGGUGAGAUUGUGA